AUGGCAGACAAUUCAAUCACAGAUGCGGCGGCAAAUGUUGAUGCGCCCAUCGCCCCCGUAGCAAUCUUCAAAAAGCGAGGUGCAAAAGCCAAGGCGAAUCUUCGGAAACGACCUGCAACGCCGCCGCCUGCCAAUAGCGACAGCGAUGAUUCAGACUACUCUUCGUCUGAGGACGAACAGGGGCAAAGAGUCAAGAGACGAAAGAAGAACCUCGUAGUUACGGCCUCGUCCAAGAAUAACGUCACGUCUCAGCACGAAUCCGCCACAGUCUUUUCUGCCGACCGCAAUGUUCCCAUCACGAGCACAAAUGAUGCUACGAAGCAGAGCAAUUGGUACGAUGAGGAUGCGAACCUGUUGGGCAAGACGCGCCCAGUGCCUCAGCCGGGCUUAAAUUCAGACACCUCUCGGUCGGCCCCCGACGGCACCUACAAGGGCAUGGCGAAUCGCACAACCUUUAUCCAGAAAAAUCCAAAUGCCCCAAAUCGGACGGUCGGGCCCAUCAAGGCUGCUACCAAUAUUCGUACCAUUACCGUCACGGACUUUGCACCAGAUGUGUGCAAGGAUUACAAGCAGACAGGAUUCUGCGGAUUUGGCGACAAUUGCAAAUUCCUGCACGCUCGUGAGGACUACAAACAGGGCUGGCAGCUCGAUCGAGACUGGGAAAAUGUGACCAAAGGAAAAAAGAACAUGGGUGGAACAGUUGUCGCAAGCGCUGAUCGUGACCAGACUUCCAAGGAUGAUGAUGAUGCUGUUCAGGCGGCCUUGUUGGAGAAAAUCCCCUUUGCCUGCAUAAUCUGCAAAAAGGACUAUCGUAGCCCCAUCAAGACACGCUGCGGUCACUACUUCUGCGAGCCGUGUGCGCUACAACGUUAUAGAAAAGACCCCAGCUGUGCAGCCUGUGGCGCGGGCACGAACGGCGUCUUCAAUGCUGCCAAAGAACUCAGCAAACUCUUGGAUAAGAAGAAAGUCAGAGCCGAGAGGCUGAGACAAGAAGCUAUCGAUGCCGGGGAAGACCCCGACAAGCUGGAAGAGGGGAAACAAAAAUAG